AUGCAGUUCAUCACCGCCGCUCUCACCCUCAUCGCCCUGGUCUCGGCCUCUCCAGUCGUCAUCACUGGCGAGAAACCUUCCGAGCUGGAAGCGCGCCAGUUGAGCUCUACGCGCAACGACCUCACGUCGGGCAACUCCGCAGCAUGCCCCAGUGUCAUCUUCAUCUUUGCCCGGGCUUCUGGCGAGAUUGGCAACAUGGGUAUCAGCGCGGGCGUCAGCGUGGCUUCGGCGCUUGAGCGCGAGUUCCGCAAUGACAUCUGGGUGCAGGGCGUGGGUGGCCCUUACGAAGCUGCCAUCGCGCCAAACCUCCUCCCCGCGGGGACCACGCAGGAAGCCAUCGAUGAGGCGAAGCGCAUGUUCGAAAUGGCCAACACCAAAUGUCCCGACGCUUCCGUCGUUGCUGGAGGAUACAGCCAGGGAACGGCAGUCAUGUCCAACGCUAUCAGCGAGCUGUCUUCGGCCGUGCAGGACCAGAUCAAAGGCGUGGUGCUGUUUGGGUACACCAAGAACCUCCAGAACUCUGGUCGGAUCCCAAAUUUCCCGGCUGACAAGACCGAGGUCUACUGCAACGCCUCCGAUGCUGUUUGCUUCGGAACCUUGAUCCUUCUGCCUGCUCACUUCCUGUACACAACUGAGGCGUCCACCUCGGCGCCGAACUACCUCAAGGGCAAGAUAAACUCGGCUUAG